AUGCAGGAUUCUACAUCGCCGUCACCAUCUCUCCCCACUACCCCUUCAGUCCGAUCUUCGGUCAGCCUUUCAGCGAAAUUACCCUAUCCAAAACGAUCAAAUGCGACUAUAUCUGAUGCUCAGAGGAAAGCCCUACGUAUCUUUGCAUCUGAUACACGUCCUAAGCCUACCCAGAAAGCUUGUGCUGCAUGGUUUCAAGAGAAAUUUGGCCGAAUUAUCGAUCGGGCGACAGUUUCUCGAACCCUUUCAUCUCAAUAUAACUACCUGGAUAAUGGUGAAGCUGGGACUAGAUCAAGGAAGUCCACCGCACACUGGCCGCUGUUAGAUGAGGCUUUAUUUCAGUGGCAACAACGACACACAGAGAAGGGAUUUCCUAUGACUGGGCCCCUGAUUCGUCUCAAAGCUGCAGAAUAUUGGAAGAAGAUACCGAUGUAUAAAGAUCAGACUAUGCCUGCAUUUAGUGAUGGCUGGUUAUCUGGCUUUAAACGUCGAUAUUCAAUCAGACGGCAUACCUUUCAAGGUGAAGCUGCCUCAGUCCCAGACUCAAUACAUCAUGAGAUGAAAGCGAUCCAGAUUAUCUGUGAUGAAUAUGCGCCUGAAGAUAUCUAUAAUAUGGAUGAGACUGGUCUUUACUGGCGACGUAUGCCUAAUGGUGGGCUUGCAUCUGAAGGUCGUCCUGGCCAGAAGAGAGACAAGACUAGGAUAACUAUCGCUGUUGCAUCAAAUGCAACCGGUUUGGAUCGAUUACCUCUCUGGAUCAUUGGGACUGCAAAGACCCCUCACGCCUUAAGAGGUGUGAAUAUGGUUUCUAUUGGAUGUAAGUGGCGCUAUAACAAGAAGGCUUGGAUGCGACAUGAAAUUAUGGAACAAUGGUUACGCACUUUUUACCUACGGAUUGGUAGGCAAAGACGUCCCCUAGAUCAGGGUAUUAUCCAAAACCUCAAGCAUUAUUAUCGCAAGAGCUGGAUGUAUUGGAUGAUAGGUAUGCUAGACCGUGGUAUUGAUCCACGUGAACGCAUGAGUCUAAACUAUACACUGCGGUGGUUGACACAAGCAUGGCGAACAAAGGUCAGCAAUGAGACUAUUCAGAACUGUUUUACCAAGAGUACUGUUGUUCCUGGGUGCCGACCAUCUAAUCAAGAUCAGAUAAAAAGUAACCUACUGGAUCCUGAAUUAAAGCCUCUUUAUAAUCAGGUUGUUGAAAAGCUUGUAUUUCAACCAGAUGCGGAUGAAAUACUACCAUUUAAUGAGUUUCUCAACCCAUUAGAUGAAAAUAUUGAUACUGCAGAGCCAGAAUUAGACGACAUCAUUCUUAACUUUGGUGGUGAGGAUAUCGACGAUGAUCUUCCUGAUCCUGAUGAGGAAUAUAUAUUUGGGCCAAGACCAGAGAUUCCAUCUGAUACGGUAAUUCUACGACAUCUAUCAGAUCUAUCACUGUGGGCUGCACACAGAGAGGGGUGCACAGAGGAGAAUAUGUUGUCAAUUGAGGCUUUAACCAAAGCUUUCAAGAAGCUUGAGGUAGAUGGGAAGAGACAGAAGACAUUGAUGGAGAUGGGAUUUAAACCCAAAUAG